AUGGCCAAUAAAACAGAAGAUCAUUUGCUUUUAGAUGUAUCAAAUCAGGUAAUGGAUUACAACACAUUAAUCUUGAUACUAUCAUUAACAAUAAUAGGCGUAUGUCUGACUACUUAUUGUGCAUUAUGGUGCUAUUACAAGAUAAGAAUAGAAGGUGCAGCAUUAUUGAUACAGGAAGUAGAAAUGGAGAUGGCUAUGCACGAUAACAACAGACAAAUGAGCAUACGUUCACGUAUUAAUUAA